GAUGGGGCGCGCUUGCGCGCGCAGGCGGCGUUCUCGGGCUUUGCCAACGGUCCCGAGGUUCCCGGAUAGAUCACGCAGUGUGGGUCUGCACGCGGGGCAGUGGUCCCGGGUGGAGCGCGCGGCCUGUGGCUUUUCAAACGAAUAACGUUCUGGGUACAACUUUCGCCUCUGCAAGCAAAGGGGAAGGCGGCAGUGGUAGCAACAACAACCGGCUAUUAAGGCCGUUGUUGCUGCAUUUGUGAAGCAGAUUUCUGUUGAGUUCGUUCAUUUAUUUUCUACCCCACUUCGUCCCUUUCCGAAGAGGCUAUGACUCGGGAGUAUAAAGCCGGGGAGUUGAUUUUCGCCAAGAUGAAGGGUUAUCCUCAUUGGCCUGCUCGGAUUGACGAUUUUGCUGAUGGGGCAGUAAAAUCUUCAACGAAUAAAUAUCCCAUUUUUUUCUUUGGAACUCACGAGACUGCCUAUUUGGGGCCACGAGACAUUUAUCCAUAUGAAGAAAACAAGGAGAAGUAUGGAAAGCCUAACAAAAGAAAGGGUUUCAAUGAAGGACUGUGGGAAGUUGAAAAUAAUCCAACCGUCAAAUUUCUGGGGCAACAGAGUUCUAAUAAACGAGUUCGGAAGUCGUCAACUGAUAAAGACGGUGAAGAGGGCAAAGAAACAAGUGCUUCAAACCUGGGAAAAGAAGAGUCUGAUAUUGGUAGUUUGCCGGAGUUUGACAAGCAAAGUGAUGAGGAAACUUCAGCAAAGAAAGCUGCAGUGGUGCACACUCCAAAGAAGAGAGGAAGAAAGCGAAAGAUUGAACAAGUAGAAGUUGGUUCUGAAUCUGAACCUGAAAAGCAUGGUGCCAAGAGAAAGAAACAAGCAGUUGAAGUGAAGACUCCGAAACCCAGAGGAAGACGACCCAAAGUAAUGGUGAUACCUCCACGUUCGGGCGAUGAAAGUGAGAAUGAUGGUGUUAACAAAACUGAUGAGAAGAGGAUAGCUGCAGAAGAAAAGCGAAAGAAACAGCAAGAGCUUAAAGUGAAGGAAGAGGAAGAGAAGAAAGAGGAGAAGAAUGUGGAGAAACCAAAAAAGGAACUGGUUAAAAAGGAAGGAAAGAAGGACCUGGCAGAACCCAAGCGAAGGAGGAAUAUCAAAACCAAGUCAACUUCAGAGUCAGAGGAGGAACCAGAGAAUGAAGAAGAGAAAAACAAGAAGACAAAAUGGGAUGUCGGUAAUAGACGAAAUGUAAUGAAAAAGCAGAAUGAUAAGGAACAAGAAGAAAAGCUACGCAAAGUGGAAGAGAAUAAGAAAGAUGAUCAACAAACCAAAGAGGAGAAAGAAGGAAAGAAAGAAGAAAAGCUCAACUUCAAGAAAAUAGAGAAAAAACGAGAAAUGUCAAUGGAAUUGAGACUACAAAAAUUGCACAGUGAAAUUAAAUUAUCACUGAAGAUCGACAAACCUGAUGUUAAGAAAUGUAUUGAGGCACUAGAUGAACUCGCUGCUCUCCAAGUCACUCCACAGCAUCUGCAGAAACAUAGCGAACUAAUUGCUACACUUAAAAAGAUGCGAAACUACAAAGCCAGCCAAGAUAUCAUGUUCAAGGCAGAUAUGAUUUACAAUAAAUUUAAGUCCAUGUUCUUGGUUGGUGAAGGUGAUUCUGUGAUUGCACAUGUACUGAAUAAAUCUCUCGCUGACCAGCGGCAGCACGAGGAAGCUGCUAAGGCACGUGAACAAGAGAAGAAAAUUGAUCAACUAGAAACUAACAAGAAAUCUGAAAGCGCUGAGGAACAAGUGAUGGAUGCUAAAACAGUGAAUGGAGAAAUUGCAUCACAAGAUGCAGAGAAUGACCACUUGCUGAAAAAAGUAGAGAACAAGGCUGGGGAUGAGAAGAAAAAUAAAACAGACCCUGUACAGCCCCAUCAAACAGGUGAGUGCUUUGGAGUGAAGUUUGAAGCUUAGGAGGAAAUUAAAAAG